AGAGAGAGAGAGAGGGGGAGAGAAAUAGAGAAAGGAGAGAGAGAACGGGAGAGAAACAGAAAGAAGGGAGACAGAGGAAUAAGAGAGGAUCGAGAGGAAAUGGGGAGAAGAAAUUGAGGGAGAGAGGAGAGGAGACAGAGGAUAAAUCAAGGGGAGAGGAGAGAGAGGGAGAGGGAGAUAGGGGGCAGAGGAAGAGAGAGAGGAUGGAUAGAGAGAGAGAGAGAGAAAGGGUGUUCUGUAGUGUAGUAUAGCUGCUGUAGCAAACAGACUGCGAAAAUAUAUCCCUCGCUUUAACUGGAUUCGGGAGCCGAGAUAGAGAGAGAAUAAAACACAUUCGCACACACAAACUGGACAAGCGUGGGGAUCCAAUUCUGCAUUCCUCCCUCUCCCCCUCCCCCUCCCCCCCCUCUCCUCGGGAGUGUGAUUGUGGACAAUAAGCUGUGCCGUGGAGCCGCGCUGAUUGAGAUGAGGAUGGCUGAUACAGGCAUGAGCAGACACUGACAAAGAAGAAAGAAGACAGAGAAGAGCUUGAGGUGGACGCCUGUUUGUGCUUGACAGGGGGGGACGGGGGGGGGCUGCCCUGCCUGUGUGAAAUGCAUGAAGAGAGAGGGAGAGGAAGAGGAAGAGAAAGAAAGCAAGAGACGGCUUCUUGUUUGUCCCUCUUUAUAUAAAAGUAAAAACAACGAGGCCACACACCAGAUAAACUGGCUUCCCCUUGAUUCUGAUAUAAAAUACAUGUAUUAUUAUUCCUUAUAAAAGAAAAACAUUUGGAAGAUUUCUCUUCAAGGGAAACCUGUAUUUCAUGGACGACUACACCCUGACUUCUCGCCCUUACUAAUUCCCUUUGCCGUCGACACAAAGCAUGGAAAACCUGGAUGAACUGCAGCACCCCCUGCUGGGGGACCACCAGAACUGCACCGGCCCAGCCAAGCUGUUCAAAACAACGAGGCGCGACACAGCGCUGCCCCCGGUGGCCUGGCCAGGCUAUGACACCCCCAGGGAGCUGCCCCCACAGCAGCCACUGGACCCCAGGUCUCUCCCGCGCCCUCUCAAACCCUCCUUCCACCCCCCCGCCCCGAUCUGGGGCCCCCAGGACCCCCUGGGACCCCACAAGGAGUAUCUGGAGACGGCCUUCGUGGAGGUGGACCCGGGUUCGAAUGGGGACAGGAAGCUGCUGGAGGAGGGGAGCCAGAGUCAGGGCUACAGGACUGAGGAUGAGGAUGACCUACUCAGCGAUUACGAGGACUCCUCGAGCGACUUCAGCGACACGGACAGCGAGGGGACCUCCUCCCUCCCUCCCUACCUGGGGCUCACCUUCUGCUCCAUGCUGUGCUGCUUCUGGCCGCUAGGGAUCGCUGCUUUCUACAUGUCGCAGAAGACUAACCGCGCCGCUGUCCUUGGUGAUCUCCCGGGAGCCCGCUCCGCGUCUCGUCACGCUCUGUGGCUGGCUGUGCUGUCCGUCGUGUUCGGCAUGGUCAUGUAUAUCUGCGCUGUCGCCCUGCUCGUCUCCUACCUGUCGGGCAACCCCCCCUAGAGGCGGGGGCGUUUACUACACUUCCAGACGGCGCUCACCCCCCCCCUCCAUCAGGAUUUCCAGUAUUCCAUCUACAUCCACACUGGAGACCAGUACAGGGCAAUGGUUUAUCACACUGGAGACCAGUACAGGGCAAUGGUUUAUCACACUGGAGACCAGUACAGGGCAAUGGUUUAUCACACUGGAGACCAGUACAGGGCAAUGGUUUAUCACGCUCACGAGAGCUCACUGUCUCCAAGUUCAGCAGGUACACCAGGGUGUAACCGUUAACCUGUCCCGUCCGUCCCCCUGCAACACUCUGCUGCCCCUAGUGGAUGUAAGAAACAUCAUUUGUUUUUGCUGUUACACCC